UACAGCUAAGAACUUAAAACAUUAAGUUUUUGAUAAAAUUUCGACACCAGCAAUGAUUCGUGGAGUAAUAAAAUCAAGUAGAUUAAAAUUUGUCCAGUUAUCAAAACUAAGGCAAAUAUCAGGAAAGAUAAGGCAUUUUUCUGCAUCAAGAUUUAUUUCUUCAGACUUUGCGCAUACGCAAAAAGACUACAAAUUAUCAAAGUGCGCUGGGAGCAUUCAAUUUCGUAAAUUUUCGAGCUCAUUAAAAUUAUUGACGUCUUCAGUGAAAGCUACAAUGAAGCCUGAAUUCGAACGUUUACCAAAAUAUGUGACACCGUCUCACUACGAAUUACAACUUCAGCCAGACCUUGUCAACUUUGUUUUUGCCGGUACAUCAAAAACUUCAAUUAAGAUCAGUCAUGAGACAGACAAAAUCACUUUAAACUCGGUUGACUUGAAAAUUCAGAAAGCAAUCGUCAGAUGUGAUGGCACGAGUAUCUUCGAAUCGAUUGAAACAAUUUAUCUUCCGGAAUCUGAAGUUGUAAACAUUCUUUUCGGAAAGCAAUUGCCAGUAACUCAAAAUGCUGUCCUUGAACUGGAAUUCACCGGUGAACUUAAUGAUAAAAUGAAAGGCUUCUAUCGCAGCAAAUAUUUUACAAGCACUGGUGAAGAGAGGUUUGCAGGCGUAACUCAAUUUGAAGCUACUGAUGCCAGAAGAUGUUUUCCAUGUUGGGAUGAGCCCGCAAUAAAAGCAACAUUCGACAUCACAUUGAUCAUUCCUCAAGACCGUGUUGGAUUAUCAAAUAUGCCAGUCGUUAAAGAAGAAAAUCUCGACAAUAAUUUAAAAUUGUUGAAGUUUGAUCGAUCACCAAUCAUGUCAACAUAUCUUGUUGCUGUAGUCGUGGGUGAAUAUGAUUACGUUGAAGCAAGAUCAGAUGAUGGUGUUUUAGUUCGUGUUUAUACACCUGUUGGAAAGAAAGAACAAGGACAGUUUGCUUUGGAAGUCACAACAAAAGUUCUUCCUUAUUACAAGGAUUACUUUCAAAUCGCUUAUCCAUUACCGAAAAUGGAUUUGAUCACGAUCAGUGAUUUUUCAGCUGGUGCAAUGGAGAAUUGGGGACUUGUGACGUAUCGCGAGACAAUGGUUCUUGUUGAUCCUGAAAAUACUUCUUUGAUAAGGAAGCAAAGCAUUGCAUUGAUCGUUGGUCAUGAAAUUGCUCAUCAAUGGUUCGGGAAUCUCGUAACAAUGGAAUGGUGGACUGAUCUUUGGUUGAACGAAGGUUACGCGAGUUUUGUUGAAUUUCUUUGCGUCAAUCAUUUGUUUCCUGAGUACGACAUUUGGACACAAUUUGUUACCGAUAUGUAUACGCCAGCACUUGAUGCUGAUUGCUUAAAUAACUCGCAUCCAAUUGAAGUUCCUGUUGGUCAUCCAUCUGAAAUCGACGAGAUUUUCGACGAGAUCAGUUACAAUAAAGGUGCGAGCGUCAUUCGAAUGUUGCAUCAUUAUUUGGGUGAUGAAGACUUCCGUAAAGGAAUGAAUCAUUACUUAACAAAGUAUCAGUAUCAGAACACUGUCACUGAGAAUCUUUGGUCAUCGUUAGAGCAAGCAAGCAGUAAACCAGUCACUGACAUUAUGCGGACGUGGAUUAAGAAGAUGGGAUUCCCUGUUGUGAAGAUUACGAAGAAUGUUCAAGAGAAGAAUGGACGUCGAUUGACUUUGGAGCAGACAAAGUUCACAGCUGAUGGAAGUAUUGAUGAUAAAUCACUUUGGAUGAUUCCAAUUAACAUUUCAACAGCUAAAUCAGCGAAUGCUUACACGACUGUUCUUGAUAAGAAAGAGAUGGAAGUGUUGAUUGAAGGUGUCACUGAUAAAGAUUGGAUAAAGAUUAAUCCUGAUACGAUUGGAUAUUAUCGAACUCAAUAUCCAUCACAAAUGCUUGAACAAUUCAUUCCAGCGAUUAAAAAUAUGUCGUUACCGCCACUUGAUCGAUUGGGAUUGCAUGAUGAUCUUUUCGCUCUCGUUCAGAAUGGAUCAAGCUCAACAGUUGACAGUUUGAAGCUCAUCGACGCUUAUCGUAGUGAGAAUAAUUACACAGUUUGGUCAUCCAUUGCAACAUCAUUGUCAAAGUUGAAGAAUAUUUUGUCACAUACAGAUUUAAGCGAUCAAUUUAAUUCUUAUGGAAUUCAAUUAUUCGGUCCGAUUGCUCAACAACUUGGAUGGGAUGCAAAGUCGAAAGAAAGUCAUCUUGACACUCUUUUGAGAUCGCUCGUUAUCAGUCGUUUGGUUUCGUUUAACUGUCAGCAGACUUGCGAUGAAGCAAAGAGACGUUUCUACUUGCACAAGGAGGGAAAACAAACACUUCCAGCUGACUUGAGAAUGGCUUGUUACCGUGCACUUCUUCAGUCAGCUAACACAGAAGUUUAUGAGGAAAUGUUGAAUCUUUAUCGUGCGACAGAUCUUCACGAAGAGAAAGACAGAAUAAGUCGAGCACUUGGGAGUAUUAAAGACUUUAAAUUGCUUCAGAAAGUCCUUCAGUUUGCAAUGUCUGAUGAAGUUCGUGCACAAGAUGCUGUGUUUGUUAUUGCAAGUGUUGCCAUUAAUCCAAUUGGACGGGAUUUGUCGUGGAAGUUCUUAGCAGAGAACCAGAAAGUGUUGGUGGAUCAAUAUCAAGGAGGGUUCUUGUUAACACGACUUGUUAAGCAUCUGACAGAGAAUUUUGCGAGUGCAGAGAAAGCUUUGGAAGUUGAAAACUUCUUUAAGACAAAUCAUUUCCCUGGCACUGAACGAACUGUCCAACAAUCGAUUGAGACGAUCAAGUUAAAUGCUGCAUGGCUUAAACGAGAUCUGGCAAACAUUAAAGAGUUCCUCAAGAUUCGAGAAAUUUUUUAG